UGCCCAACAGGUACUUUUCACGAUCUCGCCUGUAAGCACUUCGCACUGCCCUCGCGCACACCUCCGAGUUUUGGUGCCCAUAGGUGUGGUAAAUCGGUCGAUCGAGAUGGUAACGGAUCGCAACGGGCCCGUGUAUGUAUAUUUUAUGGCUUCCUAUUUAUGUGGUGAAGUCAACAGCUUUAAUUCAGUGCCAAGGUCAAAAACGUUCACGCGCCAGGUCGAAGCCACUCCACUUUUUUGACCGUCGUGCGCUUCUGCUUCUCCUACAGUUUUCAUCACGCUUCGUGUCAAAUUAGCAUCUAUUACCACCUUCUCGAGAUUCGUUGUCAGAGCAAGCGUGGGGCCAUUCGGUAUAGCCCCUCUUUCGUAUCGUGUUGAGACCACUCACGAGCAGUCCAGGAUAAAUGUUGGGUCAUGGACAGCGCUGCUCAGAGCUUCAUUAUCCUGCAAACACGUUAUCACGCCCAUCCAACCAGUCUCCCUAUCCCCGCUCUCUGUCGCGUCAACGGUCCACUGCUUCAGAGAAUUCUGCCCUUUACAAUACCCCUGCAGCCACUGGAAGGAGGAGUCGGCCCUUGCCCCCAGUUCCUCACCCACCUCGCAACCUAGUAACCACUGACGUGUGGAGGUCCCCUUCCAUGCCACGUCAAAGCCGCCCUCUCCCGCUGCCACCAUGCUACAGGUGCGCCACGUCUGCGCCACCACUCCGACGCGCUGUCUCACUCCCGCGGGGUGCAGGCCUAGUUCCGAACAGUUCUACUAUGGUGUCGAUGGUGACACGAAAGCAUAUGUCAAAUUCCCUCUCAGUGGUGCCCGUAACCUACCUUUCCCAACCGCCAUCACGGGUUUUGAGCUUGUCCUCAAUUACGUCGAGUACCUCCGAACCGCGUGGGACUAUCCCCAAUACCCCCUUUUCCAAGGGAUGCUUUGAGAGAGAAGGGAGAACGGUGGUAGUUCCGAACGACAGUGACCUGCCGCAACCACAUUCCGUUCAGAGGGUGAACCCUUCCCCAACGGAAACCACCUCACCCACAGAAAUAGUUUCUCCCACAAAAUCUCAACACCCAGGGCUGGCGAGUCAGAGUUGCAUCCCGCGUAGACAGCGUGUUCCAUCCCCUGCUGCCUUGGCAACCGUCACAGAAACACCACGUCGAUCCGAACGCAAACGUCCCCCGGCCCUCACAAUUCAUAUCCCGUCGUCUACGUUGUCAUCAUUCUUGACGGAAGCUUCUUCGUCUGAAUCCGGACAGUCUUCUCCACCUUUGACGCCUAGAACGCCGCCAUCGCCGUCCGUCUUGCGGCGACGAAGAUUCUCAAAGCUUCGUCGUCAAUUUGGGGACGCUCCGCCUGCAGCUAUGGUCUUCGGUAGCGAACUAGGUGCAGAUGAAAGUUCCAAGCCAAACAUGCCUCCAUGUGCAGAUGCGCCGGCUACCCCUCUGCAAUUACCGACUAAAAAAUGGGUAUGGGACAAGGGGGGACGUCGACGCACAGCAAGCGAUUACAGCGAUGUCAUUCGAUACCUGCGUGAGCUCUAAGGACACUUGCUAACCUAGUCCCCUUUGCGGCACGUUGGGCAUUCCUUUGUACAGGGUAUUGGCAUCCAUGUAAUCGGGUAUCUGGUUGCGAAGAGGCGAGCAGCCUGGUAUCCCGAGGUUUGCUUGAAGUGUACAUAUGGGUAUGAGCUUGUCUGCCGUUGGCAGAACCGAAUGUUGAUUUAGUACAUGGCUCGAAAACUGACGGAUGCUUCCUCAAGAAACGAUCCGUGU